AUGGCCAUGAUGGAUCGGGCAUUGUUUGACGCCAUGGAGUGCCUCGCUGCCGCAGUGUUGUUGGGCUUGGGCAGUGGGUCCAAUGGCAACGGCGGCGGAGCGUGCUCACCAUGCAGGAUGACAGCUGCAUCUGUCGGAUGUUUGAUGCAUGGGCACUCUAUGCUGCAGUGUACUGGCUUCGUAGUGGUGUGGGAGUCAAGCAGGCUGUCGUUCAGGGUGGUGCUCUUCCUCCGCAAAGACUGUAUAGUGAGCCCUUUAGGGUGGAAUGGCUCAAGAAGUGCCGACGGAAUACGAGGUACCUAG